AUGGCCCAGAAUGAUAGGCAUACAAAGACUGCACAUAAGAAGAGGAAAAGUAGUUUGGAUUCUAUUGAUAGGGGUGAUGAUAUUGGUUUCUUCGAUUGUGAUGAUGUAACCAAUAUUGAAAAUGAAGCUUCUCAUAUUGCGGAGGAGGUUGUGCAAAUGGAGAAGGAAAUAGAUGAAAUAGAAGAGAAAAAACAAGAAGCUGCGCAAGAAGAUAAUGAGAUAGAGAAGAGAGAAUGGCAAGAAAUGGAAGUUGAGAAUGUGGAGAAAGUUGAAGAGAAGAAAGAAGGGGAAGAAGAUGUGUUAUGGGAGAAAAUUCUGGUCUCUCUCUCUCUCUCUCUCUCUCUCCCUCCCUCUCUCUUCUCCCCCCCNCCGGCGAAGCACUCUUACGGCGACGUCUUCAGAUGCGCCUCCAAAUCUAAUGACUAUGCUGAGAUCUUUGGAGGGAUCUCGGUCGCCUGCUCCAUCCCCUUCCUUGAUCUCCCGCCUCCGGCUGAGGAUUUCGAGGGAGUUGGCGAGUUGAUCGAUUACCCGGAGAUUUUUGGGGGUUUUAGCGGAGGAGAUUUUGGUGUUGAUUACGAGGAGUUGUUCAAAGGGAAGAGGACGACGGGUGAGAGCUCAGCUUCUUCGAAUGGGAGAAUCCGUACAGAUGUAAUGUUUGGCCAGCAUGCAGAAGUUUCAGACAUCUCACCUGAAGUUGCCACUAAUGAUCAUGUGGGUUGUUCAAAUGAGAAUAAGUUUUUAUCAAGUUCGGAUCAUUUGGAUGAUGGCCCAAAGCAAUACAGUAUGCUGUAUCAUAGAACAAGCCGUGGUAGUGUGGAUGAUGUAAUUAAUGGGAAGAUACACAUAACUGAACUUCAUGUUGUUCCUGAGUAUACCCAUAUGAUUAAUUCAUGUCUCUCACAGGAUGUAAAAAGCAACACUUCUCCAAACACCCAAACCAAGGAUCUCCUUUCUAAUGUAAACCAUAAUGGGCGAUCAGGUGAUUUAGAACAAAACGUAGUUCCACCCACCUCUCCUACUGAUAAUGCAAAGAGUCAUGGAGCUGAUUGGGGAACACAUCACAAAGAAUAUAGCUCUGGGCAUACUGCACCUGAAGAUGAUCCUGUGAACUUGAAGCAUCAUUCACGGUUUUCUAGCAAUUAUUCUGCAUCUAGUGGCGAUAUGCCUCAUUCUGAUGUUCCAUAUGUAAGUGUGUCUGACAUCAAUCUCCGAACACGACCAUCUAAAGUUCCACCGCCUUCAAGAGCGCCUCCCAAAUUAGUUAGUAAGCAAGAAAAUAUUAGGAGUCAUCAAAUACGCUACAGGGUUGGUGCUUCCAAAAACCAUGGUGUUCAGGGGGUUGCUAAGGACGGUUCCUCUUGUUUCCUUGAUGUGGAGAUUGAUGCUAGUUCAGCUGCUGCAGCUUCUGCUGCUGCUAUGAAAGAGGCAAUGGAGCAAGCCCAGGCUAGAUUAAAGAGUGCAAAGGAAUUAAUGGAGAGAAAGCGAGAUAAUCUUCAGAGUCAUAAGCUGGGGCACAAAGAAGGUGCUAAUUAUGCUGAAAGGAUAGAGGUUAAAGCUUCUGUAGAAGGAAUAGAUUUGAAGGAUAUGAUGGUGAAGAAACCCUUGCAAACAGCAGACAAAGGAAUGAAAGAAUAUACUCAGGCUGACAUGCAAAAAUUCAUAAAAGCCGCCAAAACAGCACCAAAUCACAAUGAAAAGGAGAGACAUGUUAUAGCUGAUCACCACUCAAGGGAAGAGAAUGGAUUUAAUUCAUCUCAUGUGGGCUAUAAAUCAGAAGGGGUAUCUGGGGAAUGGAAAACUGAGGAGCAAUUCUAUGAGCUGAUAAACAAUGAGAAAAAGUUCCGAGCAAUCAAAGAGGCCUCCAGGCAGGAGUUUGAUGAGAAGAAACCAGAGACGACUGUAAAAGUCAAUGAAGACAUGGAAAACUAUACUGAAAAGGAUGGACUAGCCAAUGAGAUUAAUAGGACAGUAAUGCUGCAGAAAACUGAUGAAACUAUUCAGAGCAAUGCGAUUGGUAACAAUUCAAAAGGCUCUAAUAUUGAUCAAAAGGUGGAAAGCAGAAAUACUCCUGAAAUAGUUCUCGAAACAUGUAUAGUGAAAGAAAUCAAACCAGAAGUCUUUUCUAGUUCUCAUCACCGAAAUGUUCAUAAGAAGCUACAACUGCCUCAAGAUUUCCUUACCAAUAGAGAGGAUCUAAGUAAGUCAAAUGCUGGUGAGGAGUCUUCUUCUGGAGAAAGUCAAAUGAAUGCAAUAUCUCCUGACAACGCUUUUAAAUUUGGGGAGGUUUAUCAUGAUGAAGAAGAAAAUAUUCAAGUGUAUGAUGCAGAAGAGGGCUGUGUCCUUGUUGACACGGAGAAGAAACUGAGUGGAACUUGUGAUACUUCUGCAUCACAUGUAAUUGUGGAGAAGCCAGAAAUCUUCUGCAGGUUAGGUGUACAACAUGAAAUUGUAAAUGAAAAGGGAGGUGCCUCCGUAAACUGUGUGAUGGAAGCAGAGGAGGAAGUGGCUCAUCGAGAUGAACCUUCUGAAUAUGUAAGGGGAAAUGAUAAGCAGGAAUCCUGUUAUCAACAAACUGAAUGUAAACUAGAAGACACGAUUUCAGAUAGUUAUUGUCCAGAGAGCAUAAAAUUGGAUGGGGCUGAAGGGUCAUGCAUGCCAAAGGAAAAUAUAUUGAUGAAUAAAGUGGCUCAAAAGGAUAAUAUGGUCAAAUUGAACUCGUCUGUGGAAAAUAGUGUAGAUCAAGAAACUCAGCUGGAGCUUCAGCAGAAUGAGAAGAAACAGAAUGUGGAUCAAUCGUCACCAGUGGUGGAGGAUUCUGUAGAGCGAGAAGCUUUGGGAGAUGAGCACAUAAAGAGUGAAAAUGAAAAGUAUGAAGAAGACAGUGGGGUGCUCGGUGCAGAGAGAGCACACAUCCAAGUUGAUCCUGCUCAAGAAGUCCUUCAGAGGGCUGAAUACAAGAAUAUAGGAGAUGUCCAAGAAGGAUCUAGGGUUGAAAAUGAGAAUCUAGGAGAUGCAGAAGUCUGCCAGAAGCCAUGGAGUUCAUCUCAUGAUCCUGUAGAAACUCUGCAAACUGUAGUGGCGGAGAACUCUAAUUCUGAUAUGCAGAAAAGAGAAAAAAUGGCAAAUGAACAAACAAAACAAAGAGAAAGAGAACAUGAGAAAGAACAAGCAAGAAAAUUAGAGGAAGAGAAAGAAAGGGAAAGGGAAAUUGCUUUCGAAAGGGCGACACGUGAAACACAUGAACGAGCCCGGGAGUGGGCAGAAAGGAUUGCUGUGGAGAGGGUUACUACUGAAGCUCGACAAAGAGCAAUUGCAGAAACAAGGGUAAAAGCAGAGAAAGCUUCUGCUGAAGCUUUGGAGAAAUCAUUAGUUGAAAAAGCAUUAAAGGAGGCUAAAUUGAGGGCAGAGCGUGCAGCAGUUGAGCGAGCAACAGCAGAGGCUCGAGAGCGUGCUGUAGAAAAAGCACUUGCUGAGAGAGCUGCUGCUGAUGCACGCCAACGUGCAGAGAGACUCAAUCCUACUUCUCGAGACAAGAGCAUGAAACACAAUGAAACUGGUGACUAUUUCAAGGUAAGUGAUAAGGCAGAUAAUGGGAUAAGGCUAAAGACCAAUUCUUCUGAUGUUCUACGUGAUGUAAGAUUGCAGACUGCAGGACCUUCCUGCAGCUCAAAAAAGUGUUCAGAUUCUUCUGCUCAUGGUGAAGUUGAGUCUCCUUUAAGGUGUAAAGCAAGGCUGGAGAGGCAUCAGCGGACUGUCGAGCGUGCGGCAAAAGCUCUUGCAGAAAAGAAUUUGCGCGAUGUGCUAGCUCAAAGAGAGCAAGCAGAGAGAAACAGGUUGGCAGAAUCAUUGGAUGCUGAUGUAAAGAGGUGGUCCACUGGGAAAGAAGGGAAUCUGAGAGCAUUGCUAUCGACUUUGCAAUACAUCCUUGGCCCUGAAAGUGGUUGGCAGCCAGUACCUUUAACGGAUGUUAUUACUGCCGUUGCUGUUAAAAAAGCUUAUAGGAAGGCUACUCUGUGUGUGCAUCCUGACAAAUUGCAGCAAAGAGGUGCUAGCAUUCAACAGAAGUACAUCUGCGAGAAAGUGUUUGAUCUUCUUAAGGACGCUUGGAACAGAUUCAAUUCGGAAGAAAGAUAACAGAUAACGUAUAACAUGGAUGUUAAUUACCAUCUGGUAUGCGUUAUGAUUUUAAACUGAUCAUGUUUAAUUGUGCCUUUAUAAUAACUAUUCUUUUGCAAAUCUGUAAAUGUAAUAUUCAAUUCUUCCAUUUGGGAGCACCAAUUAGUAAUGGUCUGAGAAUCAAACUA